UUGGCCGAAAAAAACUCUGUUCAGAACUAAAAAAACCGUGAACUUAUUGGUUAUGGCAGAAAAGGUUUGAAGCGAAUUCGAGACAUUCUAAGGAUUAAAUCGUCUUCCUCGAUCCCCUCUGAAGCGAAACCGAUCAUCACACACGGCCAUAGCUUCCAGAAUCGAGCAGGCUGAGUCACGUUUUCGUGUCAAAAUUGUCGACGUCGAUUUCAUGCCUACAUUCGAUUUCUAUAUCAUUUGAUUAUUUAAUUGUGUUUGUGAUAACGUUUCAGUGCUGGCUGGAUAGUUUGAUUGAAGUUUUAAUGCAGGUAUAACAUUCCACCAUGGCUAGGGUAUUGGUUCCAUGAAUUGGGAUUUUAAAUUAAGUCCAAAAUUGGACAAGAUUAAGGAGAUUAUUGGACUCGGGAGAUUAUUUACUAUUGUUCCGGAUUAUUAUUUGUUAUUGUUUGAGGGAGAAUCGCAGGUUUUAAAAAAAGAGAGUUGAGGACCACGCUAAAAGCUGCUGCGUUUCAAAAAAAAAUGCGUAGAGAAGAUGAAGCUACAGUACCGGCGCUGUUUGUUUUCAAAAGGGACGCAAUUACUAUUAAAUCUCGCGCGCGUUGCUUUACUUACAGAAACAAGACACAGCUCAGUUGGCCAAUGUUCUUCCUUCGCAACCAUCCGCGCGCCUGUUCGAUCCCCACUCCCAACAUUAAUUUUAAUAAAACGCAGGCUUAUUUGAUCCAGUAUCACGCGUCCUCAUUGGCUUAUGACGCACCUUCCGCUCCCACCACUGGAUGAGCAGAUCAUCAAAUCUAACGUCAGCAAGGAAGGCUCCACCAUGAACCAUCCAAAGGCCAGCAGUAUAGAAUCACAAGCCAAGGUUCUUUAUCAUUUUUUUAAUUUAUUUAACUAUUUAGAUUAAAAUGUUUAUUAACAUUGUUUAAUUUAAUUAGAAUUAGGUUAAUUUUAAUUAGGAUUAGGAUAUAAAACUAGGAUUAGGACUUUUCCCGAUUAUUUCGAUCAUAUCGAUUUAAUUUUUUUUAAUUAAUUUAAUUUUAACAAUUAAAUCACAAAAAACCCUAGAAAGGUGAUAUGCAUUAGGGUUUGCCCAACCCCAUUGCCCAUUUGGCGAAACAUUAAACCUUCGAUUAAUUUUCUCCCCGAACCGACUAUACCUAUUAGUCGCAUUAGGCGAGAAAUAAUUUUGAUUAAUCUAAUUUAUUUAUAAAUAAUAAUUUAAUUAGUCCUUUAUUUCAUUCUCUCCUCGACCCGACUAAAGCUAUUAGUCGCAUUAGACGAGAGAUAAAACAAUAAAACAUUAACCCUUAAUCAAUUCUCUUCUCGACCCGACUAAACCUAUUAGUCGCAUUAGGCAAGAGAUAAAGAAUAUACAAAAUCUAAAACACAUUCAAUUUGCUGCCCGCGACGAUCAAUCUAUCGAUCUGAGUAACCAGCAAUGCCCAUUAAUCUGUUAGCUAUACUGAUCAAAUCUAUUGAUCACCGCAUCUAACAGUGCCAUAUCAAAUCAGGGUUGUACGCCCAAACACUUAAAACACACCAGACCACAAAUCAAAGAUUUUCAUCUCUUCAAUACUGCGAAACCACGAAGGUAAUUCAAAAUACCUUUUCAAAACUGCGAAACGGUAAUUCAAAAUACCGUCAACACAUUCAUAUCAAAUUCUAAGGCGUACAAUCCUGUGCCCGAACUACGUUGACUCUGAUUCUCCCUAAGGAGAUACGUAGGCACUUGGCAACAAGGCGAGUCUCCCCCCUAAAAUCUCAAUUCAGUUUAAAUCUUAAUUUUUACCCUUUUCAUUUCAUUAGCUAUAAACCUUAUCUUUUGCCAUAAACCUCUAUCUUUAAAUGUUAGCCUUUAGGAAAGGGUUGAGGGUGCCUAACACCUUCCCUCGACCUGAUUAUAAUAACUUACCCCGAUCUCUAAACUGCGUAGGGUUUCCUAUUCGCCCUUCAGAAUAGGUGGCGACUCUAAAAGUCUAAUUUUUAGGGCAGGUUGCUACAAAUAACACUAUAGAUAAAUCACCUAGAGUGAAUGUUGUUGAUGAUAAGUCACUUAAUGUUAGUAUGUUGGCAAAAACCUCCGGGAAAAAGGAUUUGAAAAUUGUUUCUUGAAAAGAAGCCGAGGAUAAUAUCACUAUCUGAGCUUGCACCUUUGAUUUCUUCAACAUCACUUAUUUUCCUUUUUUAACUUGUUGAAUAAGUUUUAUUUUCAUUUUUGCUCAAACUCGACCAAUAUAUUAUGAACAUCACAGUUGUCAAAAAACUUGCUAACUUCUAGUUGAGCUAAAAUAAAAUUCGCCCAAUUAUUUUCUUCUCUAAUCAUGGAAAACUCCGUUGUAACACCUGAGGCCGCAAAGGGCUGAGAGUGGUUACAUGUAACACCCGAGGGCGAGGGAGUGGCUAUCGAUGCAUGAGACAUGACAAUGAGAAACUCCUAGCAGCUUUUAGGGAAAAAUCUAAUUCACAUCGGAAUGAGAGGCAAUUGAAGCUAAAUCUUUUCUAUUAUCCCAUAUGUCAACACCCUCGUGGACCAGUUGUCGACAAAGCUUAUUCCAAAGCGACAUUUUGGCUGCUGAUGCAACAUUAGAUACUAUCUUCAUAUGUGGAAAUUAUAUCGAUCUUAUUGUAGGUUCUUAUCCAACGGGUUGAUUAUGUUGCCUUAUUUUCUUUCAUCCAACUUAAAAUUUGAAAUCCCCUCAACCCAAACCGUUUUUUGUUGUUAGUAUGAUUUCCUUAAUCUCAUUUGUUUGUGUCUUGUCUACUUCAAUUUUGUGAAAAGGUAAACGGACAUUGUCAUUUGAUACCAAGACUACAAUUGUAAUAGACGCUUGAUACCAAGACUCUUUCUCUUUUCUCUUCUCUAUUCUUCUUUUCUUUCUCUUUUCUCUUCUCUAUUCUUCUUUCCUUUCUCUUGUCACUAUUCUUCCACGAUUUCAUUUUGACAUUUUCGAGAUUGGUUUUGCAACUUACUACUAUUUCUUGCAAUAUGUUACACAUUUGUCAUUAUGUACGUCAAUAAAUGAAAAUGUCACGAGUGUAGUAAUCCCCAGGAACACCCCAAUUCCUGUGAAAAAGAAACAAACUUUUCUUACACUUGAAGAUGAUCAAUUUUUUUAUCACUGUUGACAUUUACGGAGGUGAGCGUAUGAGAGCUAGUGAAAACAACUUGUUAGGUUUGUUUCAUUUCUCACUUCCACAAGCUCCUCGCAGUCAGUUGCUGUCGAAGUAUGUUUCUCUAUAGAUGGUGAUGGUAUAUUAAACGUGAUUGCAGAGGAAAAAACAGGUGAUAAUAAACAAGAUAUUACAAUAACUAAUAUUAAUGGGAGACUUUUAGUGGAAGAAAUUGAGAGAAUGAUUCAAGAAGCUAAGAAUUUAAAGGCGGAAGACAUGAAGUAUAUGAAGAAGGUUAGAGCAAUGAGUGAUUUGGACCAUUAUCUUUAUAAAAUGAAGAAAGUAAUGAAGGAUACUAGUGUAUCUUCCAAGCUCAUUGUUGAAGACAAAGUAAAGAUCGUUUCUGCAAUCACAAUGGGAAAUGAAUUGAUUGAUGAUAAUGAGCAACAAGAAACAUUCGUGUUUGUGGACUUUUUGAGGGAGAUUAAGAGCAUCUUUGAAUUAACUAUGUGUAAUACGGUGGGAAAACUGACUUUUUGAAAUGUUGCGGAUAGCAAGAGUCGCCACCGACUUUUAUUUUAUCCAAUAUAUAGAAAGGCUAAAAGAACAAAAAAAACUUUUUUAAAAGACUUUGAGUUCGAGGGUAAGUUAUACAAAGGGAAGGUGUAAGCACCCUUUGUAUCCAUGGUUAUCCAUGGGCUCUUAAUUGCUUAGCUCACUUGUUUGUUUGAAUUGUUUUAAAAGUGUAGUGUUUGAAUAGGAAAAAGAUUUAAGGACUUUAGCUUGUAAAUAAGCGUAGCCUUUUUGAAUUGAUUUGAAAAAGGGGUGUGAAAAGUAAUUUGAAAGUUUGAACGUGAGUAAGCAUUUAAGAGCACCUACCCUAAGAUUGUCUUUCUUAUUCUUUAAGUUUUCGUUUGAAAGGGCUAUCCAUACCAUAAAGAGGGUAGGUAGUCCUUUCAUUGGAUGUAUCAGGUCAUCUAGGGUUAUCAUUCGCCAUAAGACUGUCCCUACCAUAAAGAGGGCAGGUAGUUUCAAGGAAGGAUAUAAUAGUCAUUUAGGCAAAAGUAAGAACACCUUAGCAAUCGAAGGGACUAUCAUCAUUUAAUCAAGGGACGAGAUCAUAUUUAUCGUAGGAAACUCGAAGGGACUAUGAUCUUUUAUCGGAGGGACAUGGUGAUUUUGAAUCAACGACAGAGCGCUAAGGUAUCCCUACGCUCGAAGGGACUUGACUAUUUGAUCUAGAAGGCCAAAGGCAACAAGAGGAAUCACCUUAAAGGUGUGUGUGUGCGCCAAUCAAGUGAUUAUAUUAGGAUAUUUAUCUUGAAUUAGUGAGCUACGUUCAAUUAAUUAUUUUGCACUCCCUAUUUACUAACCACCCUGUUAAUAGCAUACAGAAAUUUAAAACAGUUUAUGGGUGCGGGAAGUAAAAAGCGAGAAAGUAAAGCCCUAAUUACUAUUACAUCAAAAACCUUGCAACCUAUACAUAGUUUCUAGAAAUUAAAUAAACGGAUAAAUGAGUAAUUUAAAUAAAGGGUUAAAUAAGUUUUUAGUCCUUAUAAAUAUUGCACUUUUCGUUUUUAGUCCCUCUAAAUAUUUCCUUCAAACAAUAGUCCCUGAAAACUUUUCCGUCCACAAAUUGAGUCCCUCCCGUUAAAAAAAACUAACGGCUGCAUACGUGUCAUUUUACAUGUGGCAUUGUUUAUUAAAAUUUUACCUACGUGGCGUGUGCUCACAUUGAAUCAAAACCAAUGUGUUUAGUCUAUCCACACUUAGGGAAAUCUUCAUACUUACCACAAAAUCUGAGCUCUCACUUAGUCUAUCCACACUAACCAUUUUCGCCCUAAUCCCCAAAUCAAUCUUCUUCCUUCGUGGCCCCAAAUCCACAGAAUCUGCCUUUUUAAAUCGCCGGUCCCAGUGGUGGUCCCUGUGCGUCUUGGAUUCUCUGAAAGCAACAUUGUUUAAUCGGUGGUGGUCCCUCUUCUUCGUUUACUGCAUUCAAAGGUUUGUCUCUUUUGCUCCGUUUUUGGUUUGUUUAACAAUAUCUGUGGUCCCAAUGUUUUUCUAUGUUCUGUGCCCUAAACUUGUCCCAAUUUUUAUUUCUGUGCUCUAACUAUGUCCCCCAUGUCCCCUUCACGUUUUUGUCGUAACUUUGUUUUUUCUGCAUUAUUAAUGACCCCACAGACUUCAAUGGGCAAUUUUAAAAUGAUAUUCUUCACAAAGGGUUCAUUUGUAAAAGAUCCCAAGAUACGAUACGAGGGUGGAAAUGUGUUUGCCGUUACUGGUCAAGAUCCAGAUAUUUGGUCAUAUUUCGAAGCUAUAGAUUUAGUUAAAGGGAUUACUCCUGAUUUUGAUGCUAGCAAAGUCAGGAUGUGGUGGAAACAUGAUGGUGGCAGCUUUGAAGUAGAUUUGAAACCAUUUAGGGAUGAUGGAGAUGCUGUUGAGCUGGGUGUCUAUGCGUAUGCAAACGAUGUUGAUGUUGAGAUAUAUAGUGAGGAAAAACCAGAGACAGGAGAGGCAACAUUCAUGGAGAAGGUUAUAGAUAAAGGAAAGGGAAGAAAGAGAGAUGAGGUUGAGUAUGAAUCUAGUGAUGAAUCAGUCAAGGAUGUACACUUUGAAGACAGUGAGGAGGAAAGGAUGAAGGAAUCUGAUGAUGGGAUUGAAGUUGAAGAUGAUGGUGUAGAUGAAGGUAUUCAUGGAGGUGAUGAUGGGCAGGCAGAAGGAGGUGAUGAUGGGCAGGCAGAAGGAACUGAUGAUGGGCAGGCUAGUGAAAAGCCAGAUAACAUUUUUAUCACAGAUGAGAUGGGUAAAGAGCAUGUAAUUGAUGAAGAAUACCUCACUGAUGAACUGGAUAGUGGGGCAGAUGAUGACAGUUGUGAUGAUAGACCAACUACAAUUAGGUUCAAAGAAGAUGAUGGUUUGAGUAAGAACUUCAAAUUCAAGGUUGGGAUGGAAUUCUCUUCACUCAAACAGUUUAAGAAAGUAGUCCUAGAGCACAAUGUGUUGAAUGGGAGAGAAGUGAAGUUUGAAAAGAAUGAUGCUGAUAGGUGUAGGGUGGUAUGUAAUGAAAAGAAGAUAUGUAACUAUACUGUCUUGUGUAGUAGGGUUUUGAAGACUACCACUUUUAGGAUCAAGACUUUGUUUCACAAACACAAGUGUGGAAGACAUUUCUUUAACAAAAGUGCCAAAGCUGAAUGGGUUGCAAAGGUGAUAGUUGAUGGUUUGAAGAACAAUACAAAAAUGAAGUUGAAUGAGGUUGUGGCAGAUGUAAGGCUUAAGUAUGCAACUGAAAUUCCUGGAUGUAGAGCUUUCAAAGCAAGACAGUUGGCUAGAAGAAUAGUGGAAGGUGACUCUAGCAAGCAGUAUAGUUUAUUAUGGUCAUAUGGUGCUGAGUUGAGAAGAGCAUCAUCAGGAAAUACUUUCAAGUUAAACACUAUGACACCUGCUCCUGGGCUGCAACCUAGAUUUGAGAGAUGCUACAUGUGCUUUGAUGGAUGCAAAAAGGCUCUGAUAAAAGCUUGCAGACCUUUCAUUGGUUUAGAUGGAUGUCACUUGAAAAACAAGUAUGGUGGUAUACUACUAAUUGCAGUUGGACGUGACCCUAAUGAUCAAUACCUACCUAUUGCUUUUGCUGUUGUGGAGACAGAAUCAAAGGACACUUGGAGUUGGUUUAUGAAGUUGCUCAUUGAAGACAUUGGAGAACAAAGUUGGUGUUUUAUUUCUGAUCAGCAAAAGGCAAGUGUGUUUUACUAUGUGUUUUAUUACUGUGAUCAAUGUUUUAUACAUGUGUUUUACUUUGUUCAAUGUUUUAUACUUGUUGUUUUCUAGGGCCUGGUAAAUGUAUUUGAAGAAGAGUACCCAGGGCUGGAACACAGGUUUUGCCUACGUCAUUUGUAUGCAAACUUCAAGAAGAAGUUUGGAGGAGGAACCUUAUUUAGAGACUUAAUGAUGGCUGCUGCUAAGUCCACUUAUUAUGAAGCACAUGAAGCUAAAAUGCUUGAAAUCAAGACUGCAAGCUUGGAAGCAUAUGAAUGGUUAGAAGCUAUUCCCAAGUCCAAAUGGUGUAAGCAUGCCUUUCCUUUUUAUUCUAAAUGUGAUGUCCUUAUGAACAAUUUAAGUGAGUCUUUCAAUGCAACCAUUUUGUUACAAAGGGACAAACCAAUAUUGACUAUGUUUGAGUGGAUAAGGAAUUACUUGAUGGGUAGGUUUGCAACCCUUAGGGAAAAGGUAGAUAGGUAUAAGGGACUGGUAAUGGCCAAACCUCUUAGGAGAUUGGAUAGGGAAAUAGAGAAAUCUGCUAGUUGGACUCCAACAUAUGCAGGGAGGUUAACUUUCCAAGUCUCACAUACCCUUCUAUCUGAUAGCUUUGUAGUGGACCUGGCCCAAAAAACUUGUACUUGUAAUAUGUGGGAGUUGGUGGGAAUACCUUGCAGGCAUAGUGUGGCAGCAAUAUAUAGAAAAGGGGAUGACCCUAGAAACUAUGUUAGUGAAUACUAUCACAAGAGCACUUAUGAGAGAUGUUAUAGUGAGGUCAUCACACCUUUGAAUGGUCAGAACAAGUGGCCUAAGACCUCUGAUCCAGUUAUAUUACCACCCAUGUACAAGCGUGGCCCAGGCAGGCCUAAGAAACUUCGUAGGAGGGAACCUGAUGAGGCAAACCAACAUAAAUGGCAAAGGACAAACACUAGUCAUAGGUGCAAAAAUUGUCAAGAACUUGGUCAUAAUGCUAGAACUUGCAAGAAAAACAAACAAAUUGUGCUUGUUCCAUCUGAGAAUGUAAGGCAGGACAUACCUACACAAGCAAGUCAAACUGUUGAAGGUAAUGUUCCAAACCAAGCAACUGAGCCUGCUACAACUAAUGGACCAAAAAAAAGGGGGAGGCCAAAGGGAUCCAUGAAUGCAGGCACCAGCAAUUCCAACAAAAUGAACAAGCAAGACAAACCUCAGAAAAAGAAGAACAACAAAACUGCUGCUAAGACAAGUACUCAACAAACUGUGGAAGGAGGGGAUGCUCAACAAACUGGAGAUGGAGGGAAUGCUCAACAAAAUG